GUUGCAUUCAGUCACACAGAAACUGGGAGGCUCUCGUUGUGGAUGGAUCUUGUCUUUAGGCUGCUGUAUUCACCUGCUCUUUUCUAAAGCCAACUUCUGCUCAUCUUUCUCCAACCUAUGGAGGCUAUUUUCAGAAUUGUAUUGCUUUGGAUGGUUGUGGCUGCAUCGGCAGAGGAGGAUAGCUGCUCAUGUGCAACCAACAAACGGACGUACUGUGCCAUGGAGCAAAACAACUGUGUCUGCAAGAGUCUGGGUUCAACUCAAAAAGUAAACUGUUCAACCCUGACAUCUAAAUGUUUGCUUAUGAAGGCAGAGGUGAGUGCCCCCAUAGGCAAGGCGUUUCCAAAGCCUGAAACUGGAUUUUUGGACAAUGAUGGGCUAUACGAUCCAGUCUGUGAAAACGAUGGCAUCUUCAAAGCCAGGCAAUGCAAUCAUACAGAUACUUGUUGGUGUGUGAACAGUGCUGGGGUCAGGAGAACGGAUAAGGGUGAUAAAAAUAUACAAUGCAAAGAGCUUGUUAGAACAAACUGGAUUUUCAUUGAGCUCAAGCACAAAGAGCGGAAAACUCCCUUCUCCCAGUCUGAAGUAGCCAGCAGUCUUCAGGACCUCAUUCAUGACCGGUACAAGCUUCCUCUAAGCUUCAUCUCAUCUAUUGAAUAUGAUCACCCAUUCAUCAAAAUUGAUUUGAAACAGAACGCUUCGCAGAAGUCUAACGGAGAUGUGGAUAUUGCAGAUGUAGCCUAUUAUUUUGAAAAAGACAUCAAACUUGACUCCCCCUUUGCCUCCGAUAAUAAAUUUAAUAUCACGGUCAAAGGAGAACUGUUAGAUAUUGAAAAAGUCCUCAUUUACUAUGUGGAUGAAAUCCCCCCAGAAUUCUCAAUGCAAUUCCUGAAAAUUGGUGCUAUAGCAGUGGCUGUGGUGGUUCUCGUGGCUAUUUUAAUUGGGAUUAUUGUGUUUGUGUUUAUGAGGAAAUGGAGGACUGGAAAAUAUGAGAAAGUUGAGAUUAAGGAGAUGGGCGAAAUGCAAAUAAAUCAGGUUUCAUAGAUGAUGUAAUCUGAAAGCAGAAUUUAGAUUUUGAUACUGAGGAAAUGAAAAAUAGAUAAGAUUAUCCCCUGUUGUUUGAAGGGAAGGAAGCAUUAAUUUUUCCUUCUAAUAAUAAUCAUAGGUAAAAACAAUAGCUUUGUUGAAUCUUCCCCAAUUGCAAAAUGGAAAAUAGAUGAAGACUGAGGAUAUGUUUGAAGCUUCAGAGGAAAAAAAAUCCUAAUGCUAUAAUCUAUUCCUGAAAUGUUCCAGUUUCAUGUGUUUUUUAAGGAAACAAAGUUGUUCCAUAGCUACAUAGUUAGCUUAAUUUAUCAACCCUGUUUCUAUACCUGUUUUUAUGUGUAUAUUAACAUAUUUUUUUCUGUGUCUCUCCAGCACAAGACUUAUUCCUACAUUUAAGAUUGGCUUUUUGUGUGUUAAAAGAUGUUACUUUUAUUUUGAAAGUUUAAUUGACUGAAAAUACUUGUUUCUGUUCCAGAUCUAUAACUGUAAGAAUGCUACUUUUGUAAAGUAAUGCCAGCAUAGCUUUUCUAAUGGAAUCUAUCUCGUGUAACAUAAUGGUGUCUUUAAAUACAUUUUCUUAACUUUAAUAUGUUGUUAAACUUAAUUCCCUGAUAAUAAA